ACAAGAUGGUCUCCCUUUUUGCUGGGUUUUAGUUUUUUUAAAAAUUUAUAUUUAUAUAGUUAAUUUUUUAUUAUUAAAAAAAGAAGAAAAAAAAGUAUGUCGUAAUUUAAUGUGUUUUUGAUUUGAGUGACAAAGAAUAAAAGGGAGAUAUCUUUUAUUUUGUUCCGUCUCACACGGUUCGCUCAGCAAACUUACACAAUUUGAAAAAGGACAAACAUUGCAAUAAUGUCGGACAGAAAGGCGGAGUUGGAAAAGAAGAAGGCCAAACUUCAAGCUAUCCGCGAGGAGAAAGAAAAAAGAAGAAAAGAGAGAGAACAGAGAGAUGCGGAAGAAGCAGCUUUACGAAAGUCCAACCCGGACCAAGAUCAGAAGAAGGUUGACGAAAUGCUCUCAUCUCUUGGUAUUGCCCCAGUUUCAGAUGUAGGCCCGUAUAUCAAAGGAUCUGAUGUGGGGCACUUUGAAAAACCUGAUGUGUUAUCAAGCCUUUCCAGCAUACCUUCUAUUGGAACACCCGAAGGGCUCAAUCGCUCACCCCGUGGGACGCCAGAUAGAGGAAGCUGCAGCGCUACACCAGAUUCAAGCCUUCAGCCCACCCAGACGCCAAGUCAAGGCAAAAAGAAACUUCCAAAGCUGACUACUGUCUCGUACCCGACUACCGUGAUUCCUCCUCUCGAAACUGUAGUUUACACAAAACAGACUCAGACGGCGCACUCGAAUACUGAGCGAGAUGGAUCUGAUUCUUCUUCCCCUCUGAAAGGCUACUAUGAAGAUUGGUUCCGCCCAAGGAAAGCCCAGGCGUUCGGAUAUUACGAUGAAUACAAUCUUAACCCUGGUUUAGAAUGGGAAGACGAAUUCACAGUUUUGACAUAUGACGAUCCACAAGCUGAGGAUGAGGAGAGCUCACUUCCGCCAAUGGAUACCUAUCAGUCUAAGCUUCCGCCUGGGAUCCUACCGCAUGGUUUACCCAAAGUCAAAGAAAUGGAACCAGCAGUCACGAACGUUGAAACCGAAGUGAAAAAGGAAGUCAAGCAAAUCAGGGAGUUGAGCGAAGAUGAAAAAAUGACUAUAGUACUCAGCGAGGAUUUUCAAAGGUUCAUCGAUAAAUCAGGAAGGAUCAUGGAAAGAGUUUUAUCAGAGUCGGUUGAUUUGUAUACAGAUUAUACUGGCGUAGCAGAUGAAGAUGAUACAGGGGAUGAAAAGUCAGGGGGUAAACUUUCGUUAAACAGGUGUUUCUUUGAUGAGAAACUGUCAAAGAACAGACCUGUCACAUCGCUCGAUUGGUCAAUGCACUAUCCAGAAUUGCUAUUGGCCUCAUAUUACGGAAACGCUGAUCUCGCCCAUGACCCUGACGGAGUCUGCCUUAUAUGGAACACAAAGUUUAAAAAGACAACUCCUGAAUAUGUGUUCCACUGUCCUUCUAUUGUUGUAUCUGCAAUAUUUGCCAAAUUUCAUCCUAAUUUGGUUCUUGGUGGAACUUACUCCGGUCAAGUUGUUCUUUGGGACAAUAGGGUUCAAAAACGUACACCUAUUCAAAGGACACCUCUUUCUGCUACAGCACACACUCAUCCUGUUUAUUGCCUUAAUGUAGUAGGCACACCGAAUGCGCAUAAUCUUAUAUCAAUUUCUACCGAUGGAAAGUUGUGUUCAUGGUCACUUGAUAUGCUUUCUCAACCACAAGAAACUUUAGAAUUGCAGCACAGACAGAGCAAAGCUAUCGCAGUCACUUCUAUGGAUUUCCCUUACAACGAUGUCAACAAUUUUGUCAUAGGAAGUGAAGAGGGGACUGUUUACUCAGCAUGCCGGCAUGGCAGCAAGGCCGGCGUGACAGACACCUAUGACGGACAUCAAGGGCCGAUUACUGGAAUCGACACCCAUAAGGUACAAGGACCUGUUGACUACUCGCACCUUUUCUUGACUUCUUCGUUCGACUGGACGAUCAAACUGUGGAACAUGAAGGAGAACAAGCCGGUUUACAGCUUCGAAGACAACACAGAUUAUGUAUUUGAUGUGGCCUGGUCUCCAGUCCACCCAUCUGUAUUCGCUUCAGUUGAUAUAACUGGACGUCUUGAUUUGUGGGAUCUUAACAUGGACACUGAAGUACCAUCGGCAUCGACUGUCGUUGACGGGCACCCAGCUUUAAACAAACUUGUCUGGUGGCAAGGAGGGAAUCACAUCGCUCUCGGUGAUGAUAUCGGGAAGAUACAUCUCUAUGAUGUGGCUGAGCAUUUCUCUAUGCCACGAACUGAUGAAUGGAACAAACUUAUAGUUACGCUUCAGGAGCUGAAGAAUAAUCAAAUAGAUGAAGAAAUAAGCAACUUAAAUCUUGGUUCUGGUCCUUCUAGCCUAUCUUCUUAUUCAAUGUCUAGGUUAAAUUAAUUGCAGGCAAUUUUCUUUUAAACAUGUAUUAUUGUUAAGUUUCUUUGAAAAACUACAAAAUAUUAACAUCUUUUGCCUCUUGAUAUUAAUUUGCUAACAGGCUGCUACUAUUUAUUUGUAUGUUUAAAUCUAUGAUUUAUAUUUUUGUAAAUAAACGUGACAUAUUAAGUUGUCAAUUGUUAUGUUUUGUUGGAA